AUGCAGUCCCCAACGCUGCUCACCUUCGAUCUACCCCCGGAGUCCAGGGCCAUGUCAGUUCCUUUUCCUCAACGACGUUUUUCCAGAGUGUCGCGCACUCAAAUGGUACGAUUUCCAGAUUCCGCCCUGGCUUGGUUGCAGGACUUAGCUCAUCUAACGCCAACAGACUUCUCUUUGAAGGAUGAGGUUAGGAACACUCAGUCCCACCACCUUGACUCAGCCUGGACCUCCGGUACGGUGAAACUUCGACAAAAGCCUGUAUCGUUUGUUAGUGCUGGAUACAGCGAGCCUUUAAAACUUCUUGAAGAUAUCGAGCAAGACAAAGUUCCCCCUGGCGAGGCUACAGAGAGCAAGGCCGACGACAUGGACAUCACUACCGUAGACGUCAACCUCAACGUAUCCGCGGAGGCUGUCAUAGAGAAGACGACUCUCGUUGAGCUAGAUUCAGCGGCCAAGGGCAAGAUGGUUCUUUCCAACUCGACGUCUCAAGACAACCCCUCCAGCGAGACUCCCCAAGAACAGGCACAAGACCUCUUUUUCUUCGACGUUAGCGGAGAUAAAGCUAUCCGAGACAAACACCGUGCUGUCCAUCCGCCACCCCUGGUUCCCAUCCGGAAGCCAUCAUUGGCCGAAUCUGAUUCCAGCGAGGAAGUUAUCCUCUUCAGAGGCCGUGCAGGUAACGCCAAAACAGUUCCGCAAAGCAACUUUGUGGUUCGUAACGGCGUUGCUACCAAUACCACAACCGCCAUAACUCCGACCGGUGAUAAGACCAAACCUACAGCUGCAGAGGAAACGAGCCUCCGUGAUGAUCCCGAAGUGAUUCCUGUAGCCCGCGAAAAACGAGCAGGACGCCAGCGCAGCCGUUCAAAAGCUUCCAAGAUUCCCAAAACCGACGAAGAUGAUGAAGAGGACGCCAUUCUGGCAGAUUAUAUCGCCAACAUGAGUGCCAACCCAGAGGAUGACUUUAUUUCAGACCAGCUACGUUCAUUCAACAACCGUCGGGAUCUUGGGGGUGACAAUUUCGCUCUCAACCUCGGCUCCGGUGACGAGAAUGACAUGCCAGUGGUUGAAGAUUUGUCAGGCGACGAACAACAAGCUGAGUCUAGUGGUUCUGGUCUUAGUGAUGCCGACGAAGAUAACGGGGAUGAGAACGAUGAGGCAGAUGAAGACGACGAUAUGGACGCCGAUAUGGAUGACGAGGGGCUUGCACGACUUCUUGCCAAGCAGGAAGAGCUUGGGUUGGGGAGCGAUGAGCUUGUUUUGAUACCCGAGUCUUUCGGAGUAAGCAAGCGAGGGGCGAAGAAGGGAGGCCAGAAAAGGGCAACACCCUCAUCGUUCGCCAAAUCUGCGAAUGCCAGCUCCGUUGCUGAUGCAUUUGAUGAUCUGGAUCUUGCCGACUGGACUGUGCCAGUACCCCGCAAGCGACGCUCCAAACAACCACCCAACUUCAACAUUUCGGAUUCUGAAAUCGAGGCAAAACUGAAGUUGGAUUGGUCACGCGAUCGGGAACGAAAGAAAGAGCGCAAGCUUGCCCGUGAGUCAUUACGUGGUCAGGGUCUUCUUGACAAGAACGCCAGCCCCGACGAUUUGCGCGUCAAGUAUCCAGUGGGCCUUAGACUGGAAGACUUCAAAACUGAGUUGGUGGCUUUUCUGAUCAGCUCGGAUGAGCGUCUCGAAUUCCCCCCGCUCGACAAACAUGGGCGUAUGGUCCUCCACCAGCUUGCCUUGAAAUUCAAUGUCAAGUCCCAGUCUACCGGAAAGGGCACAACACGCCGGCCGGUUCUCUACCGGAGCAAGCGGACCAUCACAUUCAAACCGCACCAGAUCACAGAAGCGACACGCCAGGUAGAUGGUGCCGCCCGCCGGGUGGGGCGCAAGUACUUCCCCCGUGCUGACGUAGCUGGUCCACGGGGCGACACUCCCCGGGAUGGAUUCAGAGGAAGUGCACAUGUGAGCGUAAAAGCCCUGGUACUUCGAGAAGGAGAGGUGGUUGGCGCCUCUGCCCCUGAGUUGGGCCAGGAAAAUAAAGGUCGCGCGAUGUUGGAGAAGAUGGGCUGGAGCAAAGGCAUGGCUUUGGGAGCCUUGGAGAACAAGGGGAUCUUGGAGCCCGUCGCUCAGGUCGUCAAGAAGUCGAAGGCUGGCCUUGGUCGUACAUGA